GCCACGGUGGGGGAAAUCCGAGGCUCCGGCGGGGAAACCAUGGGGAGAUGCAAUGGGAGAUGUACGCUGGUCGGAUUCUGCUGCCUGCAGCUGGUAGCGGCGCUGGAGAGGCAGAUCUUUGAUUUCCUGGGCUACCAGUGGGCACCAAUCCUGGCUAAUUUUUUACACAUCAUGGCUGUUAUUUUGGGUAUUUUUGGGACCAUCCAGUACAGAUCCAAAUACCUCAUGAUGUACGCGGUGUGGCUGGUGCUGUGGGUUGGCUGGAACGCCUUCAUCAUCUGCUUCUACCUGGAAGUCGGACGCUUAUCGCAGGACCGAGACUUCAUCAUGACCUUCAAUACCUCACUGCACCGCUCGUGGUGGAUGGAGAACGGGCCGGGCUGCCUGGUGACGCCGGUGAUGAACUCCAACCUGGCACCCGAGGACCAUCACGUCAUCACGGUCAGCGGCUGCCUGCUCGACUACCAGUACAUCGAGGUAGUGAGCAGUGCCACGCAGAUAUUCCUGGCGCUCUUUGGCUUCGUCUAUGCCUGCUACGUCAGCAAAGUGUUCCUGGAGGAAGAAGACAGCUUCGACUUCAUUGGCGGGUUUGACUCCUACGGCUACCAGGCGCCACAGAAGACGUCACACCUACAGCUACAGCCGCUCUACACAUCUGGGUAACCUCCUCCUGCCCUGGAUCCGGCCCGGCGUGGGAGCCAGAGGUGACAGGACCCCCCCCUAGAGCGAACUGUCCCACACCCGAUGACACGAACCCUGGCGAGGGGGGGGACACGCAACUCUGAGCCACCCCGGUCCCCUCCUGCCUCCCCACACCCUGCAAGACCCCCGAAAACGGAGCCAGGAGCUGCACAUCCACCCCACCCUGGAUGCCUCCGAGCCCAAACCAUCCACCUACAGCAGGAUUGGGGCGGGGGGGGGGGGGGGAGGCUGGAUACAGGGGGACCCCCCCAAGCCAUGCCACCCCCUCAGGCUCCCACACCCUCCCUAGGAUGGGGACACGGGGACACACGGGGAGGUGGCAUCACUCGCCGGACACUGUUUUCUUCUGUUUCUCCCAGCCUGGUUUUUCCUUGGAGCAGCGGGGCCCUUCCCAGCGUGCCGGGCAGGAGCGGGAUUGGGGCAAAAACCAGCCAGUUUGGAGCAAACUGGGACAGUGGCUGGGGGAUAAACACCGUGUUGGGGACAGCAGGGCACAGGGAGCAGCUUCGUCCUUCGUAGGGUUGGGACGAUUUCCUGAAACACAGGGUUUGGGAGUCGGGUUGGCCCUGAAAAUGGGGGUUUUGGUCCCAGCCCCCCCAGUUGGUUGAAACAGCACCGAAGGGGCUCUGUCCGGGAUGCUCCCCUCACUCUGAGGAGCUGGAUCUGGCCAUCAGCAUCUUGACUCAACCUCCCGAAAUCUGGGGACGUGGGGACUGAGCACCCCAAAAUCCCCCUGCAAGCCCCCCCAUCCUUCCCCAUUUUGGGGGGAUCUUGCUCAAAUUUGGCAAUACUGACGCUGCUUUUGACACAGUCUCUUUCUGGCUGUUUUAAUGAAUCUAAUGAAUGUUUUAGGUUGAUUUUUUUUUUUUUUUUUUUUUUAAGUAUUGGGGUUUUAUUUUAAAGUGCCUGAGUAGACUCUGGCUGAGCACACCCCCCCCAGUGAGCCUGUGCUGGACCCCCCCCAACAUUGACAUCGUGCCUUCAGCCACGCUCUUCCCACCCCGGGGCUGCCCUGGGGCCCCCGGCCCCUUGCCCAGGGCUGGGGGGGAGCAGUUUGGUGCCUCUCUGAUCCCCCCCCAGCCCCUCCAUCCAUUCGGGGGCCCGGUGGCAAAUCCACCCAUCGGGUUUGGUGGCAGAACAGGGGCGAUGUUGGCACGUGGGGAAUAAUUAUUUUGCAGGGGGUGAAUGUGCAAGGUCUGUUGGGCAGCAAUCACUUUGCAAAAUGAAACGAGAUGGGAAUUAAAAACCUUGGAAGAAGCUGGAAGGAAAAAAGUAGUUUCAUGAAACGUCUCAGCUCCCCCCAACCUCCUCGUUUUCCUUUCUUUCCCAGAGGUGGGAUGCGGUUUCACCUGGCUCCCUGGAUCUGGCCCCAAGCCCACCCUUUGUGUCUGGGAGCAGGGGAGAUCACAUGAAUUUUGGAUCCCAGACAUGUUUCCUCCAGUCCGGGGGGGUUAUUUGGGGAUUUUUUUUGCACCCUGGAGUGAUUUUUUUUUGUCCUUCCCAACAAGCAGCCGUGAAGUGCCAAGGACCGAAGCUGCCCGAGCCCAAACCCUGGGCAGGGGAUGGGCUGCAUCCCCCCGCCAGCCCCUCCACUGCCUCCAGCUAAGCUGCGAACUUUACAGGCAAUAAUUUUUCUGCCCUUUCCUCCUCUUUUUCCCAAGGAAAAUAGUGGUUUUCAGGCAACGGAUCCCCCCAUUCCCUAAAACACAUUCCUAUCCCAAGCGCUGCCCAGCCCCAGGGACAGCAGCACCUCUGGGGUUUAUUUUCUUCUCCAGGACCAAGGAUGCUCUUGCUGACCCGCUGUGAGAUG